UUCCCAUGUGGUUUUGACUUUUCACAAUUAUUUUCGUGUCUGUGUUUUAUUUAUGUGGGGGUUUCGAUCUUUGUAAAAUCCAUUAAAAACUGCAAAAUGUAAAAUAUUCAUUAUUUGGAUUUUAAGAAUUAUUAGUAAAAAAUACGGCUCUAUAUAUCUUUUACAUGUAAAGUUACAUUUCAUAUAGUAUGAUAGUGGAGGUUAUUUGAAGACAGCACUAUAAAAUAAGAAGCCAUGGGUUUAGAUACUUUUACUUCAACAGUGCCUGAACUGGCCUCUUUUGAUCUGGAUUCUGUACAGUUCCUUAUGUUCAGUGAUGAAGAUAUAAAGAAAUUAAGUGUCCUGAAAAUAACGAAUCCGAUUUCAUUCGAUUCAUUGGGAAAUGCUACAAAAGGAGGUCUCUAUGAUACUGCAAUGGGCCCUGUAAGAGACAGAAAUGAUUUUUGUGGCACUUGUUCAAAUACUAUGCUACACUGUACUGGACAUUUUGGACACAUAGAAUUGCCUCUGGUGGUCGUCAAUCCUUUAUACAUCAAAACAAUUUAUGUAUUGUUCAGAAUCAGCUGCUUGAAGUGCUUUAAAAUCCAAAUGGAUGAUAAAAUGAAAUCUAUCUUAAAAUUACAAUUGGAAUUGAUUGAAGCAGGCCAUGUCACUGCUGCUUUAGACUUAGAGAGUGUUGUUGGAGAUGUCAAAAGUUAUAACAGUGCAACAUCUCCUGAUAAACCUAACAAACUUAUAAGAAGAAGUCAGAAAUUAUUAAAAACCAAAGAUCCAAUAAACAAAACCUUUCAAAGCAAAAACACUGAUAAAUUACGAACCAAAGUAAUAAAUAACUUUUUCAAAGCCAUCAAUAUAACAAAGACUUGUAUGUACUGUAGAAACAAACUGAUCAAGGUGACUACAUCUGAUAAUAAAAUUAUGUACAAUAUGACAUCCGAUGAUGCAAAAGGUAUAAAAAUAUUAAUGCCGGAUGAAAUUAAACGCUAUUGCAGUGCUAUUACUCAAAAUGAUGAUGACCUUCUAUCAUAUUGCUUACCAGUGUUGAAAAAUUCUAAUUGUAAGCCUAGCAGUGAUAUAUUUUUUAUGCAUGCAGUGCCUGUCCUUCCACCAUCGGUCAGACCAUGCAAUGUAUUGCGCGGAGAACUACUUGAACAUCCCCAGACAAAUAUUUACAAAAGUAUAAUGAAUUCAUCAUUCAAAGCGAGGGCAAUUUUACAAGUCCUUUCAUCAUCAGAUCAACAGAAAGCCAUAGAUGGUCUUGAUACUAAUCCAAGGCAAGCUUAUGAAAGUGUAAUGGGUAAAUCGCCACCUGAAAAGCUGCAUACAAUCUGGCAAGAUUUACAGAAACAAGUGAACUAUUUACUCAGUUGUGAGGAUCAAACUAUGAGUCAAGGAUUAAAACAGAUUAUAGAAAAGAAAACUGGUGUUAUAAGAAUGAAUAUGAUGGGUAAAAGAGUUAAUUUUGCUGCUCGGUCUGUUAUCACCCCUGAUCCCAAUGUAGACAUUGAUGAGAUUGGUAUCCCUGCAGCUUUUGCUACAAAGCUCACUUACCCUGUACCAGUCACUGAAUGGAAUGUUGAUGAACUAAGAAAAAUGGUAAUAAACGGCCCAAACAAACACCCAGGUGCUGAAAAGAUUGAAAUAAAAAAUGGCAGAGUUAUUAGAAUACCUCCAGACUCUAUUGAAAAGAGGAAGAGUCUUGCUAAGAGACUCCUAACUCCUGAUGAGUAUAAGACAGCAGGUUUAAAGAUUGUACAUAGACAUCUAGUUAAUGGUGAUGCAUUAAUUUUGAACCGUCAACCAUCUCUACACAAGCCAAGUAUGAUGGCUCAUCGAGCAAGAAUCCUCAAGGGAGAAAAAACUCUUAGGUUGCAUUAUGCUAACUGUAAGUCCUACAAUGCUGAUUUUGAUGGUGAUGAAAUGAAUGCACAUUUUCCUCAGAAUGAAAUAGCAAGAAGUGAAGCUUACAACAUAAUGUCAGUUAUUCAUCAGUAUCUUGUACCAAAAGAUGGUACUCCCCUAAGUGGAUUAAUUCAAGAUCAUGUCAUUUCUGGUGUAAAGAUGUCAAUAAGAGGUGCAUUUUUCACAAAGUCAGACUAUCAGCAGUUAGUAUUUCAAGCUCUAUCUAAACACAAGGGUGAAAUCAAAUUGUUACCACCUACAAUUCUCAAACCAGUAGUAUUGUGGUCCGGUAAACAAAUUUUGUCAACAAUAAUUAUCAAUAUUAUACCUAAAGGAAAACCAUGCCUGACAUUAACAGGAAAGGCUAAGAUUAGCUCAAAAGCAUGGCAAAAAGAAAACCCAAGACCCUGGAAUGCUGGUGGAACUCCAUUCAAAGAUGCAAACAUAAUGUCUGAAGCUGAAGUCAUAAUCAGAAAAGGUGAACUUCUCAGCGGAGUAUUGGAUAAAACGCACUAUGGUGCUACUCCAUAUGGCUUAGUCCAUUGUAUGUAUGAAUUGUAUGGAGGUGUAUGCUCCAGUGCAUUAUUAAGUGCAUUUUCGAAAGUGUUCACUUUUUAUCUACAGUGGAUAGGAUUUACUCUUGGUGUAAGAGAUAUUUUGGUUACUGAUGAAGCUAAUAAAAAACGUGACGAUUUGAUAUGUCUAGUUCGUCAGGUCGGCAGAGUCGCUGCCGCUAAAGCAACAGAUCUCCCGGCAGAUGCUGAUGAUAACACACUUAAAGAAACCAUUGGCGAGAUGCUUACGAAAGAUCCUAAAUUCAGACCCAAUUUGGAUAGGCAGUACAAGAGUGCACUGGAUUCUUAUACAAACAAAAUAAACACAGUCUGUUUAACUGAAGGUUUAUUAGAGAAAUUUCCAUACAACAAUCUUCAAUUGAUGGUGCAGUCUGGUGCGAAAGGGUCAACUGUAAACACUAUGCAAAUUUCAUGCUUGCUUGGUCAAAUCGAAUUGGAAGGAAAACGCCCGCCAUUGAUGAUAUCUGGACGGUCGCUUCCCAGCUUUUUGCCUUAUGAUCUUUCUCCUAGAGCUGGUGGAUUUAUCGAUGGCCGGUUCAUGACAGGGAUACAACCUCAAGAGUUUUUCUUUCACUGUAUGGCGGGUCGUGAAGGUCUCAUUGAUACAGCAGUAAAAACUAGUAGAUCUGGCUACUUACAAAGAUGCUUGAUAAAACAUCUAGAAGGUCUGGCUGUCUCAUACGACUACACUGUCAGAGAUUCCGAUGGCAGUGUUAUUCAAGUAGCAUAUGGAGAAGAUGGUCUAGACGUUUUAAAAUGCCAAUUUCUCAAUAAAAAUCAAUUUGAGUUUCUUGACAUUAAUUCAAAUGCUGUUGUUUCUAAAUCGACUAUUAACAAACUGAAAGAAGGAGAAAGCACUAAGGAUAUUAUGAAAUCACAAAAGUCCUUGAAAAAAUGGAAAAAGAAAUAUGGUAAUCCAUUUGAGAAAGUACGAGUAAGUCCUUUCACUCAGUUUUCAAUUCUGGCAAGAAAAGAUAUAAUACUUGAUGAGAAACCGACGGAUGAAACAAGAGAUCCAUUCUAUUGGGAGCUAGAGAAAAAAUGGCGAUCGAUGAGUGAAGAAGAGAAACAGGAGUAUGCAAGGAAAAAGUGCCCUGAUCCCGUAAUUAGUAAAUAUUCCCCGCAGUAUAGAUUUGGUGUGAUAAAUGAACAAUUAGAUGGACUAAUACAAAGCUACUUAAAGAACAGACAAGACACAGAUAAUAAGGAAAUCACAGAUAAUGAUAAAUUUGUGGACAUUAUGAAUGCUAAGUAUUUGGCAUCUAUGGCAGCGCCAGGAGAACCUGUCGGCUUGUUAGCUGCGCAAUCUAUAGGAGAACCUUCAACACAGAUGACACUGAAUACCUUUCACUUCGCCGGAAGAGGUGAUAUGAACGUUACUUUGGGUAUACCCCGAUUAAGGGAAAUCCUAAUGACGGCAUCAGCGAAGCUUAAAACUCCUAAUAUGGAUAUACCUUUCCGUCAAGAUUUGCCGAACUUGAAUAAGAAAGCAGAACGAUUGAGGCAAAAAUUGAACAGGGUUACUGUAGCAGAUGUUUUAGAAAAAAUAGAUGUCGAGUGUGAAAUCGUUACGAAUCCAGAUAGACAAUUGAAGACUAUAUUGAAGUUCACAUUCUUGCCGUAUUCACAAUACAAAACUCAAUACGCGGUGAAACCGCCACAGAUUAUUAAGCACAUGAAGAAAUUUUUCCCUGAAAUGUUUAGUGUUAUUAAAAAGCAAGCGAAGGCCACGUGCGGUGUUGUAUGGGCGACAGAAAAGGAAAAGAAGAAGCGAAAAGCAAAUGACGAUGAGGAAGAAGGCGAGGAGAUUGUUCCAGAAGAAAAAGAGACAAUCGGUAAAGACUUGAACGAUGACAGCUCCGACGAAGAAGGACCUAAUGAUGACGAUGAUAAUACCGAAGUGAAAAUAAGAAAUAAGAGAGCAGAAGAGCAGGAAUAUGAGGAUCCAGAGUCCGAGGAAGAAGAAAAAUCAGACGAUGAAGGAACACCCGACGAGAAUCAGACUAUAUUAAUCGACGAUGAAGCAUUAGAAGCAAGUCAGAGUGAAGUGAACGCGGAUGACAGCAGAAUAAUGAGCGACGUUAUCGGAAGUAUUCAGAACGCUACGAAUUAUACCUAUGAUACGAAGAACCACAUGUGGUGCGAGUUGACUGUACUUUUCCCGAUAAGUUUCUUGCGGGUCGAUCUGUCCCAAGCUCUGCGCGACGCAGCCGCCAAAUCAGUUAUACAUGAAGUGAAGAACAUUAGAAGAGCUAUAACGAAUAAAGAAAAGAACAUCCUUUACCUGAAGACGGAAGGUAUAAAUAUUUUACAAAUGUUCAAAUAUAAUAAUGUUUUAGACAUAAACAAGCUCUACAGUAAUGACAUUCACGCCAUAGCCAAUACUUAUGGUAUAGAAGCGGCCAACAAAGUUAUCAUCAAAGAGAUUCAAAAUGUAUUCAAUGUCUAUGGUAUUACAGUGGAUCCGAGACAUUUGUCUCUGGUCGCUGAUUAUAUGACGUAUAACGGAAUAUUCGAGCCAAUGAGUAGGAAAGGUAUGGAGUCGUCGACGUCACCGCUGCAGCAAAUGUCGUUCGAAUCUUCGUUGAUAUUCUUAAAAGAAGCGAUUUUGAACUCAAAGACGGAUAACAUUCGUUCAGCAUCGAGUUGCCUUAUGAUGGGACAGCUUUGCAAGAGUGGUACUGGCGCGUUUAGCUUGCAACACAGCGCAUUUGUUAAUUAAUACAAUAAUGUUAAAAGUAUAUAAUUUAGUGUAAUAAAGAUUUAUGUACUUGAAA